UCGGGGUGAGCCAUUCCCAGCGCGUGCACCGAAUUUGAAAAUGUUUUAGAAUUUUCUGUCACUGUGUGUGGGCUCCUCCUCGACAGGGACAGGACACGAAGCCUCCAGCGGGAGUUACAUAUCUGAGUGUUACAUAUCUCAUUUACCUGGGUCGGGGAAGUGGCUUUACCAUCUGUUCAUGUUAGCCCGUCUCCUCUAGAUCGCCAGCUUUCUUAAAUCUCUUUGUGGUGCCGCCGUGAUCCCGAACGCCGUGCGCGCGCGCCGGGCCACAGAGAGCGAGCCGGAGAAGGUCCUCGAGCUCUUCGCACACACACACACAGAUUGAAACAGCGCGAGAGCGAGCGCGGUGGUCUAUAAUGGCUGCCAGAAAAUCAAAAAGAGAAAAAACAGACAAUAAAUCCAUAAUAAGAAACGUUUGACAGUAAUUAAUGGUGUGAGAAUGGUGAGUAGUCAGCCGAAGUACGAGCUGCUUCAGGAGGUGGGUCGCGGCGGUUACGGCGUGGUGUACGAGGCGCUGGUGAAGAAGACUGGUGCUCGGGUGGCAGUGAAGAAGAUCCGCUGCCAUGCUCCAGAGAACGUGGAGUUAGCACUGCGAGAGUUCUGGGCUCUGAGCAGCAUCCAGAGCCAGCACCCCAACAUUAUUCACCUGGAGGAGUGCAUACUGCAGAAAGAUGGCAUGGUGCAAAGAAUGACGCAUGGAUCCAAUUCAUCUCUUUACCUGGAGCUGGUGGAGACUUCGCUGAAGGGAGAGAUUGCCUUUGACCCCCGCAGCUCCUACUACCUGUGGUUUGUGAUGGAUUUCUGCGACGGAGGAGACAUGAACACGUACCUGCUUUCCAGGAAACCGAGCCGCAAAACCAACACCAGCUUCAUGCUGCAGCUCAGCAGCGCCCUGGCCUUCCUGCACAAAAACCAAAUCAUCCACAGGGACCUGAAACCGGACAACAUCCUGAUCUUGCAGGACAGGACCCCCACUGGCCUGCCAGAGCCCACUCUCAAAGUGGCAGACUUUGGCUUGAGCAAAGUGUGCUCUGCAUCCGGGCUCAACCCAGAGGAGCCUGUCAAUGUGAAUAAGUGUUUCCUUUCCACAGCCUGUGGCACUGACUUCUACAUGGCCCCUGAGGUCUGGGAGGGACACUACACUGCCAAAGCAGACAUCUUCGCCCUGGGCAUUAUCAUCUGGGCCAUGGUGGAGCGCAUCACUUUCAUAGACACAGAGACCAAGAAGGAGCUGUUGGGGAGCUAUGUGAAACAGGGGGCUGAGAUCGUGCCAGUCGGGGAAGCGCUUUUGGAAAAUCCUAAAAUGGAGCUCCACAUCCCUGUGAAGAAAAAGAGCAUGAACGCCAGCAUGAAGCAGCUGAUCAAGGAAAUGCUGUCUGCCAACCCUCAGGAGCGUCCAGACGCUUUCGAGUUGGAGCUGAGAUUAGUCAAUAUCGCUUGUAAAGAAUGUAACUGGGAUACGUGAGGAUUGGGAGAGGGGGGGUAAAUAAAAUAUAUAUCAUUUGUAUAUUGUUUUGGAUUUCUAUAGAAACUGGUGCUGUUUAACAUCAGCAUUUUCAGUGGAGCAAAAAUUGCUGUACUUCAGGAAUUCAGUUUACUAUCUUAAAAAAAAUAAUAAUAAUAAUUGAAACCCUAGUUUGACAGUAUUGUUAAAUUAUGCUGCACUAAGAUUUCUUUUUUUGUGCAAAAAGUCUAGUCUUAAUAUGAUAGGGAAAUAUCUGCUUGGCCCCACACCACAUUCCAAACUGAAACGCAGUAACAGGGUUAUUGUUUUGCAUGCUGGUAGUGCAAAAUAAUUGUCAACAUUCAUUUGGAUGACCUUAAUCCAGAGCUAUGACAUUUGGCAGCCUGGUUGCUGAAAACACAUCAAACAAAUAUAAAUCUGAAUGGAAAAAAUGAUGUGUUUUUGAACUCUGAAAGUCUUUCCCUGCUCUCAUUCAAACACGCUUCGUGCGGGGUUUUGUAUAGAAGUGCAGUAUGUGAUGCCUUUGUUCCUUGUUUGCUGUGAAAGUUGAAGUUUUUUUGGUGAAUUUUCUUUUUCCAUCAGGUGGUAUUUGUGAGAUUUUUUCUUUAUGAAAACAAACUUGAAGUCGUAUACCUUUUCAUAUGGACAUUAUUUAUAAACAGAAUGUAACAAGACACAGUUUAGACAUGGAAUUGGACCUGUUUUCUACAAGUGUUCUGCACUGUCCUUUUGGUUUGCAGGGUGAAACCAUAUUUAUUGUGACCUGAGAAUUGAAAGUCAAGUAAAAACAUGUCAAUACAGAACUUUAUUUUUUUAUAUAUUUUACUUUGUAUUGGUCAUCAAAUAAUGCAAUAUGGGCCAGAAUAUGAAAGUAGAUAGAAUUUGUUUUACAUUUUUUCUUGAUAGUUUAAUUAAGUUGUAUUCCUUUCAGGGACAAAAUAGAGGCAAACUUGCUUUUAAAUUGGGCCAUACUACUGUGUGUGUGUGUGUGUGUGUGUUUUAAAAUAUUUAAACAGCGGACAGGACAUCCUAUGGAGGGAAGACCGUGGUUAAAAGUGGCGUGCCAUUCCAGGUUGAAGGUGGUCAUUCCACCUUGCCCAGGGUGUCACCAGGCUCUUCCUUUUUAGUGUGGCCCUGUGUGUGAAAACAUUGUUUUAGAUACAGGAAUGUCCAUGUCAAAGGGAUUUACACCCUCAAGUUUGGGUUGCAGGUGUGCAGCACAAAGUAGGUCAUCCAUGUCCUGAAACCACAUCGCUGCAAAUGCUGGCUGCUGUGAGUUAUUAUUAUCCCAUGUAACCUUUUCUUUCUUUCUGCUUACCACAAAACUUUUGCAUGGAUACAAACAUGAUCUUUACCCUUCCAGUCCACCCUUUUUGUAUGAGUUACAGACAUUCUUCUAACUCUUGUGUGUUGCACAUAAAUUU